AUGCAAAACUCUCAAGACUACUUCUACGCCCAACGCAGCAACUCACAACAGCAGGGACAAGCUCCUUCCACUCUGCGCACCGUGACCAUGGCAGAAUUCAGAAGAGUGCCUUUGCCACCCAUGGCCGAGGCGCCCAUGCUGUCUUCCCAGAACUCCACCAGCAGCUCUGCUUCUGCGUCUGCCUCGUCACUGGAAAUGUGGGAGAAGGACUUGGAGGAGAGACUCAGCUCCAUCGACCAUGACAUGAACAACAACAAAUUUGGUUCCGGUGAGCUGAAAUCCAUGUUCCACCAGGGCAAGGUCGAGGACAUGGACUUCUAA